AUGUCCAGCGAAAGUGGCGAGACGGGCCCUAUAGAAAAUGGCCUGAGUCUUGCUGAGGCCAUGGUCAUUGCCGGCUUCUUCGCAGUGUCAAUAUGGAACUGCGUUCAGACCUUCGUCUUCAUUUUCGUGACGUUCAAGAUCUACAGUGGCUUGUACUUUUGGAGCAUGACGAUAUCCAACACCGCGAUUGUUUUCCGGCAAACAUUUGCUCUGGUUCGCUUCUUCGGCCUGGCUCCAACGUUGGCCGUGACGCCGCUCGUCAGCGUCGGCUUUUGGGUCAUGGUGACGGGCCAGAGCGUGGUACUCUACUCGAGGCUUUGCCUCGUGGUUGGCGAGCCGAUUAAGCUGCGCUGGGUACUUGGACUCAUCACCUUCACCUUCCUCUUCGUCGAGGUCCCGGUCAGCUCGCUCCUCAUUGCAAGCAACGUUCCCGGGCAAGAGCAUCUCGUCAGGGCGUUCAACGUGUUCGAAAACUGUCAGACCGGGCUCAUAUCGGCACAGGAGGCCCUUAUCUCGUGGCUAUACGUGCGCGAGGCGAAGCGGGCCUUCAAGCCCAUCCAAGUGAUCAAGGGACAACGGGUCAAAAAGACUAUGAAGGGCCUAGUCUGGCUAUUCGUCCUCACGGCGUUGCUGGACCUGAGCCUGAUGGGACUCGCGUACUCGGGACAACAAUUCGCCAUCAUGACGUCCUACAAGGGCGUCGUAUACAGCAUAAAGCUGCAGGUGGAGGGUAUCGUGCUAAACAGCCUAACGAAGCUGAUGCGGAGACGAUCAUGUACCUGCGGCAGCACGGCCGCGGAGAACUACACGUCAAGUCCAAUAACUGUGAUGGGCGUGGGAGUGGGAGACCAAUUUACCACACCUUGUCACAGUCCGAUCAAUAAAAACAUCGGAGAGGGCAAGUCGAGCGGCGAAGAUUUGGGAACGGCAACAUCAGAAAACGUCGAGAGGCAUAGCGCGGAACUGAGGAGAAUAUUCGGGACAGAACAAUAUCCUUGA